AACGCCUUUUUCCCCGAUAUUUUAUCUCAGGACUUAUUAACUUGUUCCUGCUGAUUUGUUCCGCCGCGUGACGUCGUCCUGUACCAAAGUUUCUAAACGGUGGGGCUCAGCUGAGAUCACGUUCUGCUCCGUGUUUCAUCUGAGCUGAAGAACCCGGGUGUUAUGAACGACUAUGAGGUCCUGCGCCAGAUCGGAGAGGGUGCGUUUGGGAAAGCCUUCCUGGUCCGGGACCGAGCGGGACGUGGAGACAGACACUGUGUGGUCAAACAGAUCAGCCUCAGGAAGAUGUCAGUCAGAGAAAAGGAGGCGGCGCAGAAAGAAGUGACGCUGCUGUCAAAGAUGAAGCACCCCAACAUCGUCUCCUUCAUCAGGUCCUUUCAGGAGAGAGGCAGUCUGUUCAUUGUGAUGGAGUUCUGUGAUGGAGGAGAUCUGAUGGAGAAGAUCAACCUGCAGAGAGGAGUCCUGUUCACCGAGGAGCAGCUGCUCUGUGCCUUCCAGGUGGUGAGCUGGUUCCUUCAGGUCUGUCUGGGCCUCAAACACAUCCACGACAGGAAGGUCCUGCACAGAGACAUCAAGUCCCAGAAUAUCUUCCUAACCGACGGAGGGAUGAAAGCAAAGCUGGGAGACUUUGGAAUCGCAAGAAUGUUGAAUAACACCAUGGAGCUGGCCCGGACGUGUGUUGGCACGCCGUACUACCUCUCCCCGGAGAUCUGUGAGAACCGACCCUACAACAACAAGACGGACAUCUGGUCUCUGGGCUGUGUCCUGUAUGAACUCUGCUCUCUGAGGCAUCCAUUCGAGGGCAGCAGCCUGAGACAGCUGGUCAGCAAGAUCUGCCGGGGCCGGUACGACCCCGUCCCCAGCCGCUACUCCUACGACCUCCGCCUGCUGCUCACGCAGCUCUUCAAGGUGAACCCUCGAGACCGUCCCUCCGUCAGCUCGGUCCUCAAGCGUCCCUUCUUCGAGAAACACAUCAGAAAAGUGCUGGAUCCUGAGGUGCUGCAUGAGGCGAUCAGCCACACGGUGCAGCGCAGAAACAAACCCGCAGUGUCACGACCUCCUUCGACCAGAGCGGCAGCAAGAGUAGCAGUGAAGACUCCUCAGGCCAGGGGAGCAGAGAGGCCUGGAGCUGCUGAGAGGAAACAGCCUUCGAAACCCGCCUGGAGAGUCCAAACUCCGCCGUACUGCAGGCCUCUUGGUCACAGAGCAGGACAAGCACCUGCAGGACGGUUUGCAGGGAGGCAGAGGUUGAUUGCUGAGCAGCCCGUCAGUCGAUACCAGAACUACCUGGCCCAGCUGGACGCCCUGCAGAGGAGGAACCAGGAGAACCCUGAUCCUGCUGCUCCUGUCCAUCCUGCUGCUCCUGUUCAUCCUGCUGCCCCUGUUCAUCCUGCUGCUCCUCCUCCUGCCUCACAGGAGAAAGCAAAGGAAGCUUGUGAAGUUCAAGCUGCUCCUCCAGUGGAGCCAUACCAGCGGGUGGCUGCAGCUCGUAACGAAUAUCUGGAGAGGAGGCAGGAGGCCAACCGCUACAAGCUGAGAGCGGAGAAACAGCUGGGGCUUCGUCCGUGUACAGCCGAGCGCAACGGGAAGCACGGCGGUCUGGAGGGAGAAGGGGGGCGAGCUGAAGACCAUCAGGACCGGAGACAGGAGGGCCAGGAGGAGUACCUGCGGCAGCUGGAUCUGAUCAGGCAGCAGUAUCAGCAGGAGAUGAAGCAGAUGAGGCAGAGAGCUGAAGCAGAGAUUUCACAGAAUGAACCUGUGAACACAGACGAACAGCAGUCGUCUCCUGUGCUCCAGGCUCAGCCUCAGCACCCAUACGAGACCUUCGUGGUGGACAAACCCGGAGCUCCAGAAGCUUCGGAGCCACAGAAAGCAGCUCCUGCACCGCUGGAUGUAGAAGCAGCUCUGAAGCAGAUCAGGCAGGAACACAGAGAUCAGAGGAAACACAAAGACAAGCAGAAAGGAAUAAUGUUUGAGAUCCGGUUCGAUGAAGAUGAGAUGAAAGAUGAUGAAGAGGUGCAGAAAGAGGAGAAAGACGAAGAGGACCAGGAGGUCGACGCUCUGAAUCAGACUCUCAGCUUCCAGGAAGGAGAAGAGUUGAAGCUCAGGGAUUGGCUGCAUUUGAGGAGGGGGUGGAGCCACAGGACUCCAAAGACUCUGCUGGAGGCGCUCGCCAACAUGGACGCCAACUGCAGCACAGCAGCGGAUCUUCAAGCAGGUGAGGAAGAGGAGGAGGAGGAAGAGGCGGGGGGUCGCAGGCAGUGGGUGGACAGAGCUCCAAACACACUGCUGGAAGCUCUGUCCAAGCUCAGACCGUCCACUCUGGACUCAGUGACUGCAGAGCCACAGUCAGACAAGAGGAAGGAGGAAGAGGAGGAGGACUCUGAUGUAGAGAUGGAUGAAGAGCGUCUGGAGCCAAGGUCAGACGACGACGACACGAACUUUGAGGAGUCUGAAGAUGAGCUGCGAGACGCAGUGGCCGACUCCAUGAGGAACCUGUUUGUGAUGGAGGACUCGAACUCAGACGAAAACAUGGAGGACGGAGUGAACAAGGAGGAGGGUGGAGCUGCAGCGAGCUCUGCAGAUACUCACAAAACACAAGCAGAGCCGGAGGAGUCGAGUGAAGGAGUUACAGUCUGCGAGCAGGAAGAACGUGGAGCUCAGCAGGAAGAAAGUGGAGCUCAGCGGGAAGAACAUGGAGCUCAGCGGGAAGAACGUGGAGCUCAGCAGGAAGAACGUAGAGCUCAGCGGGAAGAACGUGAAGCUCAGCAGGAAGAAUGUGGAGCUCAGCGGGAAGAACGUGAAGCUCAGCGGGAAGAACGUGAAGCUCAGCAGGAAGAACGUGAAGCUCAGCAGGAAGAACAUGAAGCUUCAGAUAAGUUUCAGACUGACAUGAGAUCAUGAUGCAUCAAACCACCUGAACACUGAGUCAGAGAGAAGAAGCUCCAGACACACUUCCACCCUGGGAGUUGUGUUUUCAGUGUCUCCGAGCACCGUUGUCAUGUAAACAAACAUCCAAAACACAACAAAAUUUUUGCGUUUUCACUUGAAAUAGUUGCCGUUCAAAGGAGUCCAGUGUGUGGUUAAAUGGUGUUUGUAAUUCGAAAUUGGUUUAUUCUGGAUUAAGUAAUUCAUAAUUAAAUUCAUGAGCUUGGUGUUUACAUGGGAAAAAAUGAAGAAUUCGCUCCUCUCUCACGCCGGGGUCUGAUUGGAUGGGGCGGUCGUGACGUACUGACGUCUCCCGGAAGCAAACACCGUUUUUCUCGUCUUUCUCGAUUAAUUUUGACUCUGUAGCUUUGAGAAUGUCCUCGUUGUUAAGCGCCCGUCGAUCCGCUCAUUUUAUUACAUCCAAUUAUUUUAAAACUGCCAUUAAAUAAAUUGUGUCCAUACAGAUCGAAACUUAUAUACACAAUCAAUGGUCGAAACGCAGACUGCGGGCCGCCAUCUUGGAAAAUUGCGUCAGAAUCCAGAAUGAAGUGGCGCCUAAAAUAAUUCUGCUUCCAAAGGAGAAUAAACCCGGCGGUCUAUUCGGAUUCAAACUUAAUCCUGAAUAGUUUUUAGGCAUUUACAUUCUCAUUUUAGAGCGAAAUUACACUUUAUUCUUAUUUAUAGAGGGAAAAAAAAGUCCCAUGUAAACAGGUGUGGCUGGUGGAUUCUGUCCCCUCCUGUACUUCCUGGUUCGGCCACUAGCUGGCAGCAGACAACAGUCCAAGUGAAGUGUGUGAACGUCUCUUUUAUUGCAGCUGUUUUAAGUGAGCUUUCAGUUUCUCAGUGGAACAAACACGUAAUGCAGACUCCAUAUCAAGGUGAAAAUAAAGAUUUAGCCUCACAUGUCCUGGUGUUUCCGUGCCUGGACCUCAUCACAAACAGGAACGCAGGACAUGAAGCAACGUUUAAGUUACUUGACCUUAACUUAAAACAUCAAGAGAACAUUAAAUAGAAAUCAGUUAAAUGACGCCUCUGACAGAAAAAUGACUUUUAAACUCCGUCAUGAAACACAAACCUCCUUCUUACUGGAAUGUAACUCACAAAUAAAUACUUUGAAGAACCGCACUUUAAAAAAAAAUGUUCUCAUCAUUUUC